AAAUUCGUGGUUGUAUAGUCGGUUCACUCGAUGCCGACCAGGGAGGGGGAAGGGACAGGCCAGGAGCAGCCCGAGUGUCGGAAGAAACGACAGUCGCCACUCGACGUCUGCAUCGAACGGAAGGCAGCUCUCUUCGUGAGCCGUAUCCGUUCUUCAAGGCAGAAUAGAGAAACUGGUUUCAACGUGGAUCAUGAUCCCGAUGGAACCGAUCGCGACGGAUAAACAGCCAUUCAACUGUCCCUAUCUUCUAUCACGGAUUCGACGACGCUGAAAACGCAAAGCAAACUGUGAAACCCUUGAACAUCUCAAACGAUUUAGAGCGAACUCGGCGGGAACGAUUCGAACGUGGCACGAAUGCCAAGAGGAAAAAAGAGCUUGUGAAAGUGUCCGCGAACGUGCGCAAGAAUCGUUUGUAUCGAGAGACAAUCUGUCGAAACAGGUGCGUCACACGUUUCCGGAGAGAACCGGUAGCCUCAGCUGAGGCGAACCUAACCGAGGAUGUGACCGGAACAGAACCUUUUCUCGGACUUUUAUUUAGAAAAACGUGCUGUGAGAGUGAUCCCUUUCCACGUGACCCCCGGUGUGUUAGUUUCGUGUACAGCUGAUCAGUGUCCGAAUCGUCAGAAAACUGACGUGUAACGAUCUUGUGUGUUCGUAUGUUGACAUCCGCGGAAAAGUGAGUUUGUAAAUAUACGCAGACGAGAGAGGGCGCGAAACCAGGAACACGGAAAGAUCAACGCUGAAUAGACGUUUCAUCUGAUAACGUCGAAAAAGCUGGUCGAGACAGGAAUUCGAAUGACGAAUUCGAUGUGCCGAGCUCCGAGAGGAAGGUGACGAGCAGGUUUCAGACGAGAAUCUUCAAGAUACCUCGACCGAAUCCCGCAAGAAACCUGAAAGACAGCAAACAUGCUUACGCCAAGCCAGAGACGAAGGCAUCCCAGUUGGAGGAUGCUGUUCACUGUCGUCAUUCUGACGGACCUCGUCAGGCACUGUGAACCGAUUUCGAUAAAAAGGUUUUUGGACUCAAGCUCAUCCUCAACGUCGUCAAGAACUUCCUCCGAGUCGGGAUCGCAGAAUCUUGGUUCUCCCAGCGACAUAGCCUGGCAAGCCUGGUUACUGCUGGACUCUCAAAAUGGAGCGCACUCCAGUUUAGACUCCGCGACCUUCCUCCGUCGAAUAACACCAAAAAGCGUCUUCAUCGCGCCGGAACUGCCGCUGCUGCCACCUUGCGCCGAGGGCUACAGGGCGGACGCGAUGGGCAGAUGCGUAAAGAGCGUGAACAUAAAUCCUCAGGCACAUCUCAGCUUCUUGUUAGAACGAUUGAACGAUCGAUACGGAAACCGAGGUUCCAGUUCGCAGUCCAGCUUCAGCAACCCGAAGAAGUCCAGCGAACGGUUCCAGCUGGACAUCCCUCGCGAGGAAACCAGAAGCUCCUUCAGAUUCCCCAUAAUUGUGCCGCCCGAAGAGAAGAUCGACUUAAACGUGGAGGAACCUGCGGUCACUUACGAAACUGCAACAACAACGACGACAACGACGACAACUCCGGCAACGACUACUCUCGCAACGACUACUCUCGAUACAACGACAACCGAAACCACCACUUCCGAAACGAUCACUUCUGAGACGACCACCGAGACGACGUCCAAUGAGACAACGACGUACGAGGAUGAUACCACCUACGAAACGACGAUUUAUGAUGCGACGACGUACGAGACCACCAUCUACGACACCACGUCCUACGAAAACAGCACGGAAAUGGAGAGAGAUGAAACUUCUCCGGAGAACUCGAACGCCACCACCAUUCAGAACGACGUUUAAUCGUACUAAGUUUGAGUGGUAAUUCGUGUCGAUUAUCGUGCAAGGAACUCUGACAUACCGAGUAUCGUAUGGGCAGACUCGUCCGGUGAUUCGAGUAAUUUCAACGACUCGGUUUUGGCGGGAAUUUCGAAUCGGUAUACGAUGACAGUUAUGGAGACAGUAGAAGAGUGAUCUAGAAAAUACCAAAGUCUUUUACUGUUAGACGGCUUUUGAAGAACUGUCGCUAUCGUUCAUCGCCGUCCACAUAACAAGUCUAUAAAUCGAGAAGCGUUUGAUUAAUCACACGGCCCACCUUGAACGGAGUUCAACACCUAACCUGGUGUACAUACAAUUUGUACAAACACUUAUGAUGUAGUAAUCGUAUAUAUGAUUGUGCUAUAUGUAUACUUAAUUCUAAUUUAUGUAUGCGCAUAAUAACAUACAUAAUUGUACAGUAAGGCAUUGUCCUUAAUCAUGUAUUACAUAGUCGAGUAAACUGUAAGCGGCACCGGUUUCUCUGGAAUCUGCUCUUCGAGCCAGCCGGAGAUCUUAUCGAUUAUCAUUCGUCGUAUCGAGUAUAAGGCCUACAUUUUUCAAAUAUAUCGGAAUGUUCAGUGAGUAACCUACAGUUAAUGCUAAUGAGUAACACAGCGUCCGUGUUUAAUAUAGAGAAUUGCUCGAUGAGAUUAAUUGUAUAAAUGCUUAGCACAAUACUGUGAUACCGAAGGAAGCAGGAGACGUGUAUGUAAGUUGCGAAUACGUUGUACCCGCCAAUGGCGUUACUGGGGUUUCUGGGUAGGGUUAGAAAAUGGCGGAGAGACCUAGGAAAAAUGGCGGAGAGACCUAGGAUAUCGGACAUUGUAGUUUUGUCUGUGGAAAAUGGUGAAGUCUAAGAGUUUAGAAAUUUGAACUUUUGUAAAUUCUACAAUUGUGAUUCAAAAAUUUUU